UUGUGUCCAAAACUGCUGCAAAUGGACCGUAUUUUCAUAAUUUAUCAAAAUGUAGAUUUAUUAUUUACCAAAAUAAACCCAUUGAAUGAUAGGAUCUUGCUAUCGACAAUUUUAUCUGUGCAGCUGUGCUAUCGAGUAAAGUGGUUGCUUAUGGGUAGUGUUGCUAAGUAGCCAACAGGAUAUACUUUAUUGAUGUCAUCAGAGUUUUACAUAAAGUAUACAGAAAAUAUAUUGUUUUCCUCUCAAAUUCUUCAGAUUUUCAGUUAUAAUCAAACCAACUGAACUAACGCAUUCGCAACAAAUAUGUGGUUUUUAAUGUUUGCCGUAUUUGUGCUUUUGUUAUUAAUUUUUAAGUGGAAGAAGGUGUUUAGCUACUGGAAGGACCGAGAUGUUGAAUACGUCAGCCCAUUCCGUUGUUUUCGCGCUUUUACCGAAAAUGUGUUAAGGCUUAAUUCCUCCUCACAUGUUUUUAGGGACGUCUAUUGCGAGUUUCAAAAUAAAAGGUACGUCGGGAGUUAUAACUUCUUUCGACCUGUCCUAUUAAUCCGUGAUGUGGAAUUAGUGAAACGAAUUACUGUAAAAGACCAUGCUGUAUUUCACUCGCAUUCCGACAUUAUACCAUUGGAAUUGGAUCCGAUGUGGUCAAGAAAUAUAGUCGCUUUGGCUGACCGUGAUGUGUGGAAAAGUAAGAGGGGGUCCUUAACACCGUUCUUCACAAUUAAACAAGUCAAGAAUCUCUUUAGUACGCUUAAGCAGUUUUCGGAAAAAUUAGUUGAGCAUUUAAUAGCAAGGUCAGAAGGCCAAGCUGCUGUUGUGGAGAUGAGGGAGGUUUGCAAGCGAUUAUCGUGCGAUAUUUCUAAUACCUAUUCUUUCGGUGUUAAUUCUGACUCAAUUAAUAAUCCAGAUAGUGAAAUGUAUACCAUGACAGAUAAAGCGUUUAUGGUGCCCACGCUAUAUGGGAUUAGGUAUUACGUGGAUAAACUUUUCCCUAAACUUUUAAAGUGGACUGGAGUGAAAGUUUUCAGCGAUGAAGUUCGACAUUUUUUUACAAAUAUUAUGAAGCAAAGUAUAAAGAUAAGAGCUGAAAGCAAUUUUACUGGUCUGGAUGUCAUCAAUUUAUUACUUGAGCUGCAUAAAGUUGAAAAAUCUCGUGCAGAUAAUCUAGAUAGCCAAGUAUUUGAAGAUAUUAUGGCUCAAGCACUGAUACUGACAUUUGCGGGAUACGACACCGUCACCAGUGCAUUAUCAUCAUUAAUAUACGAGUUAACAGUUCAUCCUGACAUUCAGAAGAAACUACAUGAAGACAUUCUCAACACAAUCGAAAACUUUAAUGGAAUUCUCAAUUAUGACUCAGUGAUGGCUAUCGAAUAUUUAGACAAUGUCAUAGAUGAAGUUAUGCGCAUGCAUCCCGUAACCGCCAUAAUUGAUAGACAAGCGACAAAAGAUUAUGUAAUCGAGCCUAAAAAUCCCGACGAAAAAACGUUACUUAUAGAGAAAGGGACACCCAUUUGGAUAUUACAUAAGGCGAUUCAAAUGGACCCCAAUUACUUUCCAAAUCCAACAAAAUUUGAUCCCGCCAGAUUUAGCAAGGAGAAUAGAAAGAACAUUGAACCAUACUCUUUUAUUCCCUUCGGUUCCGGUCCCAGAAUGUGUCUUGGUUCUCGAUUGGGAUUAAUGAAGGUGAAAUUAGUCGCCAUCGAGCUACUGUUGAAUUUUGAACUUUUACCUACCAAGAAGACGUACGUUAAAGAUGCAUAUAAUACGUAUAAUCUCAGGCAGCACGGCGUUUGGGUGCAUUUGAUCCCUAGGAAACCACACACCACAUAAUUGUAGAAGCUAAUUACAACUCUGACAUAACAAUUCCAAACCUGGCAAAUUGCUGUUACAAUCCAAUCUCGCAUCAUGUGUAGGUUAAUUAAUUAGCUUUAUUAGUGUACGAUGAUUUAUUUACAUUUCUUACGGUCCCUAUUUUAAAAUAUCUUAAUAUAUAUAGAUAGUAUACUCGUAGUAGGUAGUGGUAAUUAUUAUAGAUGUUUAUGUAUAUCAAAUGGUUAUAUUCCAUUUUUACUAUUGUAGUAUGGGUACAAUGAUUCUCCAACGGAGGUGUUAGAGCAAAUGAGUUAAAAUUCAUUGCAAAAUUAAAAAAAAAUGCCGGCAGUAAAAAGUCCGCGGGUUUCGUCAUCAAAUGAAGCCAGAAAGCAGGUCAUAAUUAAAAACCUACACUAUUUCACAGGUGUGCAUUAAAUUAAAUUAUAAAAAUGAUAUCACCGAAAUAACAAAUUGCUAUAUAUUGAUAAAAAAAAAGAAAUCGGAAAAUAUGAAAUCUCCUUUGUUACAUGGGUUUUCUAUUGAAUCGAUUACUUACGAAAUUUCUACCUUUCGCAUAAAGUUAUAGAGUCUGAAAAUGGACCAUUUCCUGCAAAACGAGAUCUGGUGGCUAAGAAUUUAAGUUUUAGACUUCCCACU